AUGAACAAUGCAAGUAUAGAAAUUUGCUCUAGUAAAUUGAUCUAUAACAAUACAUUACAUAUAUCAUAUAUUAUUUGGCAUAUAUGUGGUUUUUUAUGUACAAUGAUUGGUACACCUGGUCAUUUAUUUCAAAUAUUAAUUAUGUCAAAUCAAACCAAUCGUAAAGAAUCAACAUCAUUAUAUCAUAUAGCUAUUGCUAUAUGUGAAUUAAUAUUUCUCUUUGGUGUCUUUUGGUUAUGGUGUGUUGAUAUGUCUAUAAUUAAAACUGAUCCUCGAGAAAUAUUUUCUUGUGGCAUAUUCUAUAGUAUUCUAAUUGGUCCAACAAUAUUAUCAAAUCUAUAUUUAGCAUCUAUGUCUAUUGAUCAAAGUUUUAUGAUACUUUAUCCAGCUCAUCAUCGUUUACUUAUUACUCGAUGUUAUGUUCUCAAAUAUACUCGUUGUAAUAGUUGGGAUUAUGACAAUGUAUUACAUAUAUCAUAUAAUAUUUGGCGUGCAUGUGGUUUUUUAUGUGCUAUGUUUGGUAUACCUGGUCAUUUAUUUCAAAUUGUAAUUAUGUCAAAUCAAACUAAUCGUAAAGAAUCAAUGUCAUUAUAUUUUAUAUCUAUUGGCAUAUGUGAAUUAAUAUUUCUUUUUGGUUUGUAA